AUGUCUGGCUCGGAGUGGCAGCGCCUGGAGGGACAGCACGUGCACCGCGUGUACGACGCCAUCGCCGACCACUUCUCGCGCACGAGACACACGCCGUGGCCGCGAGUCACGUCAUUCCUGUCUUCCCUCCCGAAGGCGUCGCUCGUUCUGGACGUCGGCUGCGGUAACGGAAAGUACUUGUCGUCCAUUGGCUGCGGCGGCGAAGGCGUGGCAAUCGUCGGGUGCGACCGAAGCGCGCAAUUGUUGCGCAUUUGCGCCGAACGCGGCUUCGAGAGCGUGCGCGCGGACGCAGUGGACGUCGCGCACGUGUUUCGCGCGGGAGUUCUCGACGCGUGUCUUUGCGUCGCAGUUCUGCACCACUUGGCGACCAAAGAGCGCCGUCUGCGCGCUCUGCGGGCCAUCGCGCGUGCGUUGCGAGUCGGCGGUCGCGCUCUGGUGUACGUCUGGGCGUUGGAACAGACGGCCGAAGACGGAACGCGCAGUCAUUACUGGCGGCGAGAGAAGCGGGAAGAAGAGGAAGAGCUGACAGUCGACGGACUCGCGGUUCACGCGAACGGAACGCCGUUCGUCGCGCAGGACGUAUUGGUGCCCUUCAAGAGCGCCGGAGAGCGUCAUCUGCGCUUCUAUCAUGUGUUCCGCGCGGGAGAACUGGAGGCGCUGUUGGCGGAGGUGGAGGGCGUCACCAUAGAGGAGGCGUUCUUCGAAUCGGGCAAUUGGGCGGCGAUUGUGCGCAAAACGCAUGAAUAA